AUGUUACGAAUGCGUGCUCUCUCACUUCUACUUUACGGCGCAAUCGCUCACGGCAAGUACAUCGUGCCCGGGGGCCGGUGGCACGACACAGAUGGCAACCUGGUGAAUGCCCACGCGGGAGGAAUCACCUUUGACGAAAACACGGGCCGAUUCUGGUGGUUCGGCGAAUACAAGGUCGAGGGACAGGAAGAGGGCGGUGGAGUGUCGGUGUAUAGUUCUGAGGAUUUGGCGACGUGGGAAUCGCAUGGGUUAGCGUUGGAACCGGUGGAGGGGCACGAGUAUAUUUCCCCGGAACAUAUUAUUCAGCGACCGAAAGUUGCGUAUAGUGAGGAGGCGGAUCAGUAUCAUAUGUUCUGGCAUGCAGACAAUUCUUCGUAUGGAUGGUUGCUACAGGGAUUUGCCGUAUCUGAUACCAUUGGCGGGCCGUAUACGUUUGUUAAUGCGACGGCGCCGAUGGGGAACUGGUCGCAGGAUUAUGGUCUCUUCACGGACUAUAAAGAUGGGCGAUCAUAUGCUCUGUACUCGAACGGGGAUAGGAAGGAGGGUCGCGAUGUCUAUCUUACUCGGUACAAUAAAGAUGUCACUGAGCUAGAGGAGAUUGUCCACCGGUUUGAUAAAUUCGAUCUCGAAGCGCCUACUAUUAUCCAAACGGAUAAGAGUUAUUAUGCGUUGAUGAGUCACAAGACCGGGUACAGGCCGAACAAUGUCGUCGCUUUCAGGGCUGAUUCCCUCGAGGGUCCUUGGUCUCAACCGUUUACGGUUGCACCUUUCAAUACCCGCACGUUCAACUCCCAGUCCGGCUCCUCAUUAAAGAUUCAGGGGACUAAGAAGACUACCUAUCUUUAUAUUGGGGAUCAGUGGGACACAAACUCGCUUUGGGAGAGUCGUUACAUUUGGCUGCCCGUAGACAUUGAUGAUAAGAAAAAAAAGCUAGAGUUAGUCUGGCACAAUGUCUACGACCUUAAUGUCAAAACCGGCGAGUGGAAACCGAUCAAAGGCAAGACAUACUAUGGAAAAGAUGCGAAGACUUCCGGAAAUGCAUUCAAGCAAGAGGCAAAUUUCGCCAGCGAUAAUGUCAUCUUAACUGGUAUUUACGGCAACGACAGCACAGUCACAUUCGAAGGGAUUGAAGGCACGGGUAAACCGCAAUGGGUAUCAUUCUACUACCAGAACACAGAUGAUAUGGGAUUCGGAGACCAACCCGGUGGAAGCCCAGAUCGUAUUGGGGGUUCAUGGCAACUUCGACGCAUUAGUAGUGUCGUUGUCAACGGUGACACAUCCAACGUACAAACUCUCUAUCAGCGGGACACUCACAAAGGAAUCAUCCUCUCGACUCCGCUACAGUUGACCCUCGAAAAAGGCAACAAAAACACCAUUACAAUCGGGGGUUUGCACAAUGGGUUUGAUUAUAAAGGAGCGGAUCUGGACCGGAUUGUGGUUUAUCCUCCCGAGCAUUAAAGUGCAAGCCUGCUGUUUACAUAUAUUCUCUAGUGGUUCCCUGCUAUAAGAGUGACGAGUGGAAGUUGAAUCAUGUUAAGGAUAAACCGUGCGUGCCGCCUUUAGAAUACAUAUGGUAUCCUGGGUAGGGCGUCUAUCUGGAUAUAUGAGGCCACUUGUCCGUUAUAGGGACUAGGACAGGCAGUGGCUACAAAAGCUAGAGUUGUAGGUACCACUCCUA